GCACCGCCCGGAGCGCAGAAGCCGAGCUGGCCGAGCGCGUGAGCGCUGCAGCUAGGGCCCUCCUGCCUCCCUCGCAUGCGAGACAGACGCGGAUAUGGUCAGGUUAGACGACUCCGCGAAGCGCAUGCGCAAGAACGACCUCCACGUUGCCAUGGACAUGCGCGCAAGCGCGAGAAUCAGCGGAGCCUUGAAGGAGGUCGGCGUGCUGCUUGACCUGAAGAUGGAGCACGGCGUCGCGCCUGGCGAGGGUGUAAGCGCUCCGUCGCGCAGCUCGUCGUCAACCUGGUGCUGCGCCGCCGAGACACGUUCCGACGACCGCUCGCCAGCAACACAACAGUCAACACCGCGGUAGAGGCGCCCGGCUUCGAGCGCAUCGUCUUUGGAUCCUCA